ACUAUAUGAAUAGGCAAUAGCCAGAUAGAAUAACUCAUAUGUGAAAUAUGAUCCUGUGAAACCUAUCACCUACGAUGUCACGUGAUCACAAGCGCCGCACCCUGACGAGUGACGAACGCCACAUUGCCCCGGGCAGUUGGGUGGAGAGCUCCGGUCUGGCCAGCUGGGUGUGCGAUGUGUGCGGUGUCCUGUGUGUGUGAACUCUGCCACGAACAAUUGCACGUGUGAAUCUUGCUUGUAAAAGGCAGUGAAAUAAGUGCAAGUGACAGUGUAUAACUGACUUUAUUGUGGUGACAAGAACAGUGACCGACAUACUACAUAUCCCUGUGCUGAGAUUCAGUUCUCUUUGGCUCAGUACUUAAGUGGUGUUGUAUGUAAACUGUAAUAUAUAUGUACAAACUGUACAAAGGAUUUUCCUAAUUGCCUGGGUAUCAAAAGAUAGUAAAUUGCCUUUUAUCGCUCGAAGGCUCUACUAAUGCGGUGUUAAAUAAACAGUAACACUACGCCCUGCAUAUUAAGUAGCAUUACAUAAAUGGUAUUUGAUGCUUAAAAUAGACAACAUAAAAUGGUGUCGCAGCUAAUGGGAUACGAAAACUACAAAUAAACUGUCAUAAUAUCCAGAAAACCCUUAAAAAUUUCUUUUGUGAAACGAGACGAAACAUUCUGGUGAGCAAAUCCCUCUAGCUAAAGGAUAGAGCGACGUGGUAGUGGAGAGCGCUUGGACGUGUUUACAUAGUUCAGCAGAAAACACCGAAGAGUCGCCCUGCUGAGGUCAGCAACCAGCACCCAGGAGCAGGACCCUGAAGACACAACAACCGCCAAGGCGCCUCACCACACGCUCCCCCCAAGUCCCUCACCACUCGUCACGUUCACAGAGAAAGACAUGCAGCGAUUACAGGGACUGCAAGGAGCGAUGUACUAACGGCACGAGACUACAGAGGUGCCGUGACGUCGGAAUUUUCUUACCAGACGGUCUGACGCCGUCAAGGUCUAGCCUUAGUCGCCAGCUGUGACCUGGAGAAGGACGGAGAAGAGGACUAUUCUUCCCCUCAUUGCAGAAGAAAUUACACUCACACCUUAGGUGAGACCAUGCACUGAGUUGACACUACUUUAUACACUACAUAAUUAAAAUAUAAAGUACAGCCUUUAAUUAUAUUGGGAUGGUAAAUAUGACUCUCACGUUUUCUUAGUUUGAUUAAUGGGCUAUGUGAGUAAAGUCAAGUGUAAAAUUGCAGCUCUUAAUUAAUGUUGUAUGUCUCAUAUCAUUAUAUGUUUUCUUCUACUUGUUCCCUUAAUUAAGGAACUUUGAAAGCAUCUUUAAGGGCAGUGUAGAAAACAUAAAAUAAUAAUAAUAAUAAUAAUAAUAAUAAUAAUAAUAAUAAUAAUAAUAAUAAUAUACAUUUGUUAAAUGAUUAAUGAUUAUUCAUGGCAGAAAGUAAAAAGGAUAAACUAAAUAAAGAAUACGAGAAGCUUUGCGAGUUGGAUAAUAACAUUAAAAUAGAAGGCGCUGAUGACUGUAGUGAUGAUAGCGGGGAUUCAGGUGAUGAAGAAAAAUCUUCGUACACUGAAAAGUGGUAUUCAACACCCGAGAGUUUCUCCUACUGACAUUAAUCCUUCUGUAUCGCAGUUUCCUUCUUCCUUUCAACUAAUCAUGAGUAAUCCAACCACAUCUGGUACGGGUGGAUCUGUACCACCGCCCGAACAUCAAACUCACACUAAUACACCAAUCAAAUAGUUACAAAUCUCGGUAUCGGUUCGAGCGUUCACAGGCACCGAAGGUAAUUACAGUACACGUGAUUUUAUCGAACACUGUGAGAAUGUAAUGAGAAAUUCAUGCAUCGUAGACGACGCGGAUAAGAUAGAGUUUGUCCGUUCACGUCUUGAACCUGGAUCUCUAGCCGGGAGAGGAAUGGUUGCCAGUGCAUUCACUAAACCCAUCCAGAACAAUGACUAGUUCUUUCCGUACCAACUUCUUGAUAAUCUUUGCAGGAGAAGCCCAUCAUAGUCUCGUAAAAGGAGUCAGUAAUGCUGCGAGGACCUUGGUUGCAGAUGUAGCUUCUUUAAACAUGCUUGAGAGUCAGAUGCUAGCUAACCGUAUCACGCAAGACUUCGACAAGUAUCUAAAAGACAAUGGAUGGAACGACAGAGGGUACAUUUCAAUGGAAAACUUUAAUAAGUUCAUUGAAUUCUUCAUCUACAUACUGUCUGUAAAAAGGGAGUGCCGAGAAAGCGCAACAUCCCUUGAUUACAAACCUACCGAUGUCCUGCUUGACUUUGUACAAAAAAAAAAAAGCUUGAGGAAAAGGGCAACAAGGCUCUUACUAUAGGUGCAACUCAAGCAGAACAAGCAGAUGAAGGUGAACCUUCUUACGCAGCAGUGGCAACCACUCAUAAAGGGGACAUUACUUGCCAAUAAUAUCAGCGAGAGGGUCAUACCAUUAACAGCUGUUAUCUCAAAAGGAAAGAGAAUUGCCAAAAGCUGAAGCUGCUGAAGGCCAAGGAAAUUACAAAAUCAACAACAAUAAAGGGCAGCAGCAUGAAACUUGUCGCGAAAUCAGCGAAAACCAACCAAAAUGGCUAACACAGCUUCAGGAAACAACAAUGAUAAUUUCCGGAAGUGUCCAGUGCACCGAACACUCCACCGAAGAGUGUUACUCAUAUCUCAGUCUUCAGAGAAAAAUUAGAAAACUCCGUGGAGCUACACAGUCGGGAGAAGCCGCGCGCCCCAUGAAACACAAAUUAGGAUAGAAAACCAUCGCAGGAAUGAAAAGACUGCAGUUCAGGCAGAUGAUAGUGCUCUGCGUGAGUCUUUAAUAGCCACUUGCAGUCAGACAAGCGUAAUGGUUCUACCUACAAAGUAGGACCUGUGAAGGCUUCUUUUCCGGCAGAUACGGACGCUGCCGUAAAUGUCCUCUCUGAAAGAGCGCAUUUGGCAUUAAGACGCACGUCACGUGGCAGCCGAUGGCCUCUCAGACAAAAUGAUAAAAAUCUAAUAGGAGUGUCUCGCGUACCUCUCAAAACUUUUGGGGGGAGUAAAAGUACUGCAACCAUUCGUUUGGAUUUCUACGUUGUUUCCGACUUCAUUUUGCCAUCAGAUGGAUUACCGAGCCUGGAAUCAGCGCAGGCCAAUAUGAUGGUGAUUCACAUAGAUAAUAGUACGGCGAGAUUCCAAGGGAAGACUUUUAGAGCAAUGGAUCAUCCCAGAUGCUUAAUAUCUUCCUCUCACAGUACAAAUCAAUCUCAAGUUGUUCUUUCAACUGCAGCUCAAACUGUUUCUUCUGUUCAGGAUUUUUACUGCGAGAAAGAACAAUAGAACACCAAACGAUUCAAACUGGAGUAGAGUAGAGUCUGAAAUAAACCAGGCUACUGCCUCAAGUUUGAAGAACCAAAAUGGAAACAAUCAAGAUGAAUAGAAAAUGGUUGAUGCCACGGUAAUAGGGAAUCACAAAAUACCUAAUCGUAUGGCAAUUCACAUUCCCGUGUCCGUUCCAAAAGCCACCGUAGGUUGUGAUGUUUGCCUCGAAGGCCCCAGUCGAGUAAACAAACUAGCUGUGGAACCAACUCUUCAUACGGUGCGAGAUAGACAUAGAACUACCGCUCUUGUAGUAAAUACUACUGGUGGUCCAAUAAAGUUAAAACAAGGAGUACUUUUAACUCAAGCGUUAGCCUUUGAUGGGAAGGUAGUAUCCGAUUCACUGGACUUACCUGAUACUUGUAUCACAUCAGUGCAUUCGUUAAGAAAUGACGACGAGGCAGUCCAUGAUCAGGCGCUUGAAUUUCUUGUUAUUGUAAAAGAUUACCCCGAGCUAAGGCCCUCACUAGUCAAUUUGUUGAAACAGUUGUUGCCUUGCCUGGAGAAUCAUUAAGUGCAACUAAUAAAGCAGAGCAUCAUAUCAAUCUGAAACCAGAUACUCAACCUGUAUAUAUUCCAGCAUAUAGACUUCCUCAUAGUCAGAGAAAGGUAGUGGAUGAACAAAUUCAAGACAUGCUAAAACAGGGAGUUAUUCAACAUUUUAGAUCACCCUGGAAUUCACCCCUAUUCCUUGUUCCAAAGAGGGAUGGACAAUUUAGACCUGUCAUUGAUUUUAGGCGGGUAAAUGAAGUAACAAAUGAUGAAAGAUAUCCUUUGCCUGUUCUGAAGGAUCUCUUGAUGUCAUUAAGACAGGGAAACAAAAUUUUCAGUAGCCUUGAUCUUCUAAGUGGCUACUGGCAAGUACCAAUGACACCGGAAUUAAGGGAGAUAACAGACUUUAGUACCCCCAGUGAAUUCUUGUGAAUGCCUUUUGGAUUAAAAUCAGCUCCGAUUACCUUUCAGCUGAUGAUAAAUACUCUUUUCGUUGGUAUGAUAGCAUACUUGGAUGAUCUGAUCAUCUACAGCCGAAACACUGAGACACUUUGCUACCUUGGAAGCAGUGCUCGGAAGGCUGAGAGAGGCUAGCUUGAAAGCAAAAGUAGCCAAAUGUGAAUUCCUGAAAUCCAAGAUUACAUUUUUAGGUCACACCGUAGAAGGUGACGGUAUCCACACUAUGAAUGAUAAAAUCAAAGUCGUCAAAGAAUUCCCGAGACCUCGAAAUGCAGACAAUGUACGAUCAUUUAUCGGUUUGUCUGGUUACUAUAGGCAAUUCAUAAACAAAUUUGCAGCUAUAGCAUCGCCUUUAACCAAAUUAAUAAGGAAGGAUUUACCAUUUCAUUGGAAUGCUGCUCAGGAAAAGUUUCCAAGAUCUUAAAAAUGGCCUCACCAAUGCUCCUAUUUUAGCGUUUCCAAACUAUGAAGCUCCUUUUGUUCUCGACACAGAUGCAUCCGCCUUGGGUUCUAGGUGCAGUGUUAAUGCAGCCAGAUGAGCACUGUAAAAAUCGUGUUAUUGCAUAUGCGAGUAGAACUUUCAAUCCUGCAGAGUCUAAUUACUCAGUUACACAUCAGGAAAUCCUCGCAGUUGUCAGGGCUCUUAAACAUUUUAGGGACAUAAUCUUGGGAUAUGAUAUCACUGUAUUUACAGACCAUGUAGCGGUUACCAAGCUUUUCAAAGGAAGAAAUCUCACCGGUAAAGUCGCCCGUUGGUAUUUAGUAAUACAGGAAUUUAAACCAACCUUCAGGUACUUACCAGGUUGGGUUAAUGUAGUAACUGACUCUCUUUCCUGUUGGAACAGUAACUGACAAAGCACAUGUGGUUCAAAAUUUUUCCCGUCCUGAACUCGCGUGUGCUCAGUGUCAGCAUGACAUAUGGAGUAAGGUGAUACAUGCUCUUGAGUCAGGAGAUAAAUCAAAUUUACCAAGGCUGUCAAUACCUUACUCGCAGUUUUACUUGUCAUAUGACAAGGUGCUUUGUAGAUACUGGCCUAACAAAACAGAAAGCGUAGAACAAUACAUUAUACCCAAAUCACUGGUACCUGCAGUCUUGCAUCUACUUCAUGACACAGUAUGCCGGUCACCCAGUAAAGGAACAUACUCUUCAUUCUGCACUCACAAACUAUUAUUGGCCCAGCAUGCGCAUAGAUAUAGAUGCACAUUAUAGAUCGCUGUAUCAAGUGUGCCCAGAAUAAGGGGAUAGUGUCAAAACCAGCACCAAUUUUAGAAUAUCCUCCUCCUGCAUAACCUUGGGAUGUGGUAGCGAUUGAUGUACUAACACUUCCAGCCAGCCAUCAAGGGUCGAGGCAUGUACUGGUAAUGGCUGAUCAUUUCAGUAGAUAUGUCUUAGCCCAUAUGAAGGAUAAAUCUGCAGCAACAGUUACACAUGCAUUAAUAACCCACUUAAUUUGUCCUUACACCACACCUAUACUGUUACUAAGUGACAAUGGGGGGAGAAUUUCGCAACGCACUCGUGGAAGAAAUAUGAAAACAAUUUAACAUCAAACAGACGUUCACAGUGACUUAUUAUCCUGCUAGGAAUGGUCUCAUUGAACGCGCAUACAGGAAAAUCCUGCAAGUGUUCAGUCCAGCCAUUAGCAACUUCCUCGAAAAUUGGGAAAAUUGGUUACCACAUGUAGCAGCAAGCAUUAAUAGCCGUGUCUGUAAGUCUACGGGAGAGUCUCCUCAUUACAUAGUAUUUGGCAUAAAGAAAAGGCUCCUGUACGACCCUCAGAGUCCUACAUAUAAUGUUGACGAUUAUGCUAAAAGUCAACUAAAAGUUUUCUUUGAUACCUAUAAAAAGGUCACAGACAAGCUGACAGCUUCUAAAGCUGCUAUGAGCUCUCAACAACACCGACGCUCGUCUCCAGUUCAAAUCAAGGUAGGAGACACCGUAAUGGUUCAGGUCCCAGAAAGGAAUUCCAGAUUAGCUCCUAAAUUUGUGGGUCCGCGUCUGGUAGUAAAGCAACUCAACGGUAAUAAAUUUUAUAUCCUAGAUCCGUAGUUCAACACGUUGGAAACCGUGCAUUGUGAUCAUCUCAAACGGACCAAUGCUAAGCCUGAUUUAGCCUUUGUAGAUACAGCCAAUCUAUGCAAUGCUACACGGAUUGAUGCAACCGCAAAUCAAACGUGUUCUUACAAUUUAUGUUCUAGAAGGUAAGAGCUUUCUACCUUGUUGCAGAGAUGCAUGCUCUCUUUUGCAUACGAAUGAACGCAUAAUAAGGAAUGUGGUAGACGCAGCUUGUGGAAGCGUCACUUAAUCUUUGUUUUCUGUGAAAGAUUUUCUUUAUGCCUUGGCAGUGAGAAAAACAGAUUAUAUCUUAAAACCCUUGUUUGAUGUAAAUGGAAUUCAUCAUAAUUAUACACUACUGGAAUCAGUACUGACGUCUGAAUCCAUUGUUAUUUAUGUUCCAUUCAAAUCAGAACAUAUCUUUGAGGUUCAUUGAGUUGAACCAUUCCCAUUUCAGGUGAAUGGAACUGUCAUGACAUUUGAUCAGCCUAGUUCAUUAGUAUUGAUCAAUAAGGCCCUUAAGAUGUACGCUACAGGUAAAUUGUCAGAUUAAGACAGAUGCCAAACUGAGUAUCUUCACUUAUAUUUUGUCCAGCAUUUCUUUUUGCCUUCUUGUCUGUUACUAGUGACGGGAUUUGCAAAGUAGUGCUCACUCAAGAAGAUGCUUUUAAGGCCCUUACCUUAUUAUGUCCAUAUAAACAUUUGGUCCCUAAACCUUUCUUUCACACAAGUUUCUAUGGACACCACUAUUUCUUUUUCACACAAACUUACAAUAUGUCUGUCGUUUGUCCUGAUGGUUCUGAAUAUAAGGAAGUUUCAAGUCAUUUUGCAAUCUUAAAUACAUGUUCCUUGCGAUCUGACAAACUAAACACUUUCCCUGAAAAAUUACUUAGUUUUGUGUCCAAUCUUACCUCCAGAAUCUUUCUUAUUGAUACUUUGAUUAAGGUAAAUUUUGCAAAUAUCAAAUUCGUGACCAAUACCUUAUCUGAGUUUACUUUCUCUAAUAUCUCAGAACUAGGAAAUCCAGUUCACGAUUCUCUCCCUGAGUAUCUUAAUCCCUAUGUGCAUUUUCCAACAAUCAUCAUACUCAUCAUUAUUUCACUUGUCUUACUGAUUCCUUUGUAUUGUUGUGUUCGAAAAGCCCUGGAUUUGUAUAACUAUCUCAGUAGAAGUAUCAAGCAAAAUAACAUGAGUCAGUAAUACACAUGACUGUGACAUGGGUAGGUACAUACCUACAGGUUUUGCCGUAAGGCGCGAGGACGCGCCUGUUAAGUGUGCUGAGCGAUGUUAGCACAUAGUGUAGGGAACCAUUAUAACUGAAGAUCAGAACCUUCUAGAAGCAUAAGUGGAAAUUUCCUAUUCUGACGCCCGCUAGGAGUAGUGUCAAAUUACUGUUUCUUCUCUUAGUUUAGUUUUCCUAGUUUAUUGCCAAAUAUUAAGAUAGAAAUAGCCAUUAUAUGCCAUAAUAAAAUAAUGAUUAAUAGUUGCAGAUGUUAAACUAUAUGAAUAGGCAAUAGAUAGAUAGAAUAACUCAUAUGUGAAACAUGAUCCUGUGAAACCUAUCACCUACGAUGUCACGUGAUCACAAGCGCCAUGCCCUGACGAACGCCACAUUGCCCCAGGCAAAUGGGUGGAGAGCUCCGGUCUAGCCAGCUGGGUGUGCGCGGUGUGCGGUGUCCUGUGUGUGUGAACUCUGCCACGAACAAUUACACGCAUGAAUCUUGCUUGUAAAAGGCAGUGAAAUAAGUGCAAGUGACAGUGUAUAACUAACUUUAUUGUGGUGAUAAGAACAGUGACCGACAUACUACAUAUCCCUAUGCUGAGAUUCAGUUCUCUUUGGCUCAGUACUUAAGUGGUGUUGUAUGUAAACUGUAAAUAUAUGUACAAACUAUACAAAGGGUUUUCCUAAUUACCUGGGUAUCAAAAGACAGUAAAUUGCUUUUUAUCGCUCGAAGGCUCUACUAAUGCGGUGUUAAAUAAACAGUAACACUAUGCCCUGCAUCUUAAGCAGCAAUACAUACGGUGGUGCUAAAAAUAGAUAACAGCAGCCCAUGUGUCAUUAUUGUAGAAAUACUGGACUUUUGAAAUUUAAUUGUCCCAAAUUAAUAACAGCCACAGCUUCCAAGACGCCCCAGAAGCCAGUGUCUUUGAAUGUGUCCCAGGGCCGUGACCAGCAGAGUGAUGAAGUGCGGGCUGUGUUUGGUCGUGAGGGUGGAAAGGCCGUUGUGGUCGCCCACUCAUCUGUGGUUACCUCACUGUCCUCCGUGAGGUCUGAGUUGGACUGGUGCUGUCUAUUUUUAUGUAAGGGCACAGUUGAGAUUGAUGGGGAUGAAUACUCCCUUUACAGUUUUGAGAGACAGCGGCGCAGCAGUCGCUGUGCAGGAAUGUGACCAAGAGGUGAGUUGCCUCCCGGCCUGUUCCCCAGCUUUUUCCCCGGUCUGUGUGGUACCGGGGAACUGGUGCCCCAUAGAGCUUCGCUAUGGCUGUGAUGAAGCUUUCAUAUAAGCUAGUGACCGCGGAGGCAAGGGUGGCAUUACCGGAAGACCUGCCAGUGUCAGGAGUCGAUUUUCUUCUAGGGAAAGACCUGGCAAGGGGAAAGGUUUGAGUGCAGUCCCCAUUCGUGGAGGCCGACCCAGAUGUAGAGGCUGCUCAUGUUGCUGACUCUGUUCUGUUAUCACUCGCCCUAAGGCAAGGCGAUCGCCCCAGCGUCGGGUGUCCACGGGAUCUGUGACUCCUGAGGUCGACUGCAAUAAGGCAGAGCCACCACUAGAGGAGCGCAGUGUUGGUACUGAUGCCUCAAUUGGGGCAGAGUGCCCAGACGCCUGGCAAUCCUGCUGGCAAGGGUUUUGACAUGUCAGAGUCAGACUCGUCUUUGAAUCAGUGUUUAGGGGUUGACCGCAAGAAGCACAUGACUUUUGUUAGAGUGUUGCUGAGGGUGAGGUUGUUUGUGGUUAAAGGUUGUUUGUUUGAUGGCUUGCCUCACCCUGUGGAGGCUCUUGGAGGUGGCGCUCAGGCAGAGUUGUCACCUGGUGUUGAGGCUGUGGGCGCUGGUACUCAGUCUGGACUCCAGCUACUUGAGUCUGAUGUGUCAGGGGUCGCUGCCGAUGGUGGGGAGACUCCUGACUCUGCUGGGGAGGUGGGAGUUUCCUUCCCUACUGGGUACACAGGAGGCGAGGAGCAGGCUGCUCCCCUGCUGGGACCAGACACGGUGGGUGUUUGGUCACGUGGUGAGCCACCCUUGCUGGUAGCUGCUGCAACAACUGUCAGUGUAGUUAAGGAGGGUUCUGUCCCUCGAGUAUGUGUCACCCCACUGCUUGCCAAGGCAGGAGUGGAUAGUAAGGAAGCAGAGGGUCGGGCAGGGUGUGUUUAGAGUAGCAAUAUUGUGAGUAGCCAGCGGAGAAUGGAUGACGGAGAUCUGAUGCUCCAUUUUGAUGUGCCAUCUACAGUUAAGGAGGCACAGGUGCUAGAAGCACGUAGCGGCCAGAUGUUUAGUCAUUUUGGAGUUAGGUUGACUGAGGAGUGUUUGGCGCGGUUCUGGGCGCCGAGUGUGGUCACAUUUGCUGGUCAUAACCGCACUGGUCAGGCUGGCAAGCCUGAUGACCUCUCAUCUGGUACUUCUCAGUUGUGUUAUGGCCCGUAUUUGUUUCUCCCAGGGUGGGAUGAUUUAUGAUGUUGCUUGCCCGAUUCCUCCUGCCAGGGCAAGUUAAUAUGAUGUAUUUGAUGUGAGCGUUACGACGCCGUGUUGAGAGGCAGCGCUAAGUGGGGCUGCCGAUGAGAGUUUGUUGCUUGCCGCUCGGGAAGCAGCCAUAGUGUUACAGGGGCUUCGUUUGGCCUAGUUGCUGUUGACUGUCAGGUGCUGGGCCCGAGAAGUGUAAUAUGUGAUGAUUGAUGUCGGCUUCCUCAAAGUGACAAAGUAUCAGGGAUAAUGAGAGAGGCUUGCACGUUGGCCAUUCUCAUGUUGGAGCCGGGGUUUGUUUCUUUGUGAUGGCCACGUGUGUUUGUUUUGCUCCGUGUGCGGGGAUUGUGAGCUGUGUCCUGGAAAGGAGCAGCCGUCAGCUUGUUGUGGUGAUACCUGUGUCAUUAAAAGGCAGGCGGGAGGAAUGAAGUGUGAUAAUAGUAUUGCACCUGGCAGUGAGAUCCAGACUUGGUUGUGUCACACCUGGAAAGGAGUAUAUGGUUUAGUCGAGAGCGGUUCAAGGGCGCCUCUUAUUUUUGGCAAGGAAGUGGCAUUUUUGUUUUAUCAAUUUUAUGAGUGUAGCAAGGAAGCUUCAUGGAGCCAUCAGCGAGCAAGUGGAGUGAUGUGGGCUGUGAAGGCCUAUAAGUGAGAUUGAUGUGUUCUCCAGAGAGGAGAUUUGGGAGGGCCAGAGCGAAUAAUGUGGGCAGCAAAGGCCCGAAGGAGAGUUUUGUUUGGCCAGGAAGUAUUUUACCUGGCCCUGCUGUGAUGUUGCACCAGGAAACUACGGUUCCUGGUGGGCUCAUUGUGUUGCAAAGAGACAGGGAUGUCAUUGCACUGUGACUGAUGUUUGUACAGUAUGGAGAAAAUGCUGAGAGAGCAUGGUAUGUAGUGAAGAGAGGAGGAGAGGAGCAGAGGUGAGAGUUGAUGGAGCAGUAGUAAAAGUAGAGAACCGAGAGGACGAUGAAGAUGGAGAAGUGACCAGAGUCACAGGAAUAAUUGGCGCAGCUGUAGCUGAUGGUGAAAAGAGAUGAGCAAGAUCCCUUGCAGAAGAAAAACUGCACACCAUGUAGCUUUGAAGACCAAAUGUCUUGCCAUUUAGUCAGAGAUGGGUCUCAGGGAAGUAAAAGGAGGAGAAAGAAGAAGCAGCAGUCUGAGUUGGAGGGCCAAGUGGGAGCCCUAUUGUUUCUAGUUGCGUAGUAAUCAUUCAUGUCAGUGCUAUAGUAGUCUUUUAUAUUUUGUGAUGACUAUACGCCCCUUGUUUGAAUCUAAUGAUGUGCCCAAUUGAUUAUGCAUUGAUUUUGAAUUUGUAGUACGUUUACAAAAUUUUCAUAAGCUUUUGUAUAUUUUCCGAAAAUUUUUUUUUAUGAAGGGGCGUGUUUUGUGCAGCGAGAUAAAUCGAUGUAAAGUGAAAAGAAGAAGUAAGAACGAAUGAAAGAAGAAGUGAUAGUACACAGCAGGAAAUAAUGAAAGAAGAGAGUGAGAGAGUGAGACGCCAGACAUAUGAUUAAGAGUGGUAGCUCACUGCUCUGAGAUUACCGUAAGAAUCCCCGCGCCCAUAGACUAUCUUUUUGCAAAUUGAUUUACCCUAGUUUUGCAUGUUCCUUUUGAUUGAGUCUUACACAGUUAAUUGGAAAAGAGUUGCCCUUGAAGAUAAAAUAAUCGGUAUCAACCUAGCCACUAUAGCUUAGUUGUAAGAAUUGUCAGAAGAGAGGUGUCUUAUUCAUAUAAGCCAGCGUGGGGUGAAGCGGUAUAUGUACAUAUGUAUUUCACCACCCCACCCCAUCUCUUUAACCCCCCUCCCUCUUAUUGCAGCAAAGUGCGAGAUUGUUUAAUGUGCUUUCCUAUGCUCAGUCACUGCCCAGAGCUUACACAAGACAGAGGCACUAAGACAAGCAGCAUUAUUUGGAGGACAAUGGGAAAGAAAUACAGCUAGUCAGGCCAGUUACUUUAAGGGAAUAAGUAAGUAAUUACUGGCCGUAUGUGCAGGGCUAUCUAAGUAGCAUAAGUGUCUCCAUAGUAGUUUGCCAGGGAGUGUGGUUAAUUAUAGCACAUUCAAUAUCCAGGGAAGUGACUCCUUGGCAUGUGUGUGUGUGCGUUCUGAGUUCUUGUAGAGUGAGAGGUAAAUUACCGUCCUGUGUGUCUGUAGACAUUUGUCUGUAGUCAUGUCUCUUGUUAGUGUGCUUGUUGUGUUAAAUGCUAC